GUCCUGGAGCGUCCUGCACGCACGCGCGCACACACGCACACACACUGAGUCAGUCACACUUUUUAAGAAAACAGCGGGGGAUGCAUGACGUCAUAGCCUCCUAUCGCCCUAGAUGACCGCGCGCGCAGGACGGGAUGAUGCGGUGCUGAUUCCGCUGCUACUCAGGUGGCGGUGACUGGACCCGAGGAGGAGGAGGCGGAGGAGGAGGAGGAGGGGGAGGAAGUAACGGAGCCGCCGUCGCGCGGCCGCCGGCUCUGAUGGCUCCUCGCGCCCCGGGCGGAGCAGAGACACAGCAGUCGCGGCCGCGGCGCGAGAGCGCAGAGGGCAGCAGGUAUCUGGGAAGUGACGUGGUGUCCGCGCCCCGCGAGGAGCCACCACGGUGCGGUUGUCGUGCGUUUCGCAGGAGGGCAGGAGCGGCAAGGGGAACAUGGCCGCGCAGUCGGACGGCGGCGGGAAAGCCGGCGGGUUCGCGCAGCUGUACGACGUGGACGCGGACGAGCCGCUGGACUCCGCCGCCAUCCACAUCUGCCAGUGCUGCCGCACCUCCGCCUGCUACUGGGGCUGCCGCUCCGCCUGCCUGGGCUCUCUGCUCGGUGGAGGAGCGGGGGGAGGAGGAGGGGGGGUCGGCAUCAGAGAGACUCACUGCCCGCCCCGGGAGCAGCUGUGGCUGGACUGCCUCUGGAUCGUCCUCGCCCUGCUCGUCUUCUUCUGGGACGUGGGCACGGACCUGUGCCUGGCGGUGGACUACUACCGCAGGCAGGACUACCUCUGGUUCGGCCUCACGCUCUUCUUCGUGCUGGUGCCGUCGGUGCUGGUCCAGAUUCUGAGUUUCCGCUGGUUCGUGCAGGACUACACCGGCGGGGGGCUCGGGGAGGUGGAGGGUCUGACCAAGCGGGGCAGCGUGGCUCUGGGCUGCCUGUACCCGGGCAGAGACCGCCUGCAGCUGGCCACCAUCUGGCUGUGGCAGGCCACCAUUCACAUCCUCCAGCUGGGACAAGUGUGGAGGUACAUCAGGACGCUGUAUUUGGGCGUGAUGUCGCGGCGGCAGAAGGAGCACCAGCGGCGCUGGUACUGGGCCAUGAUGUUCGAGUACGCCGACGUGAACAUGCUGCGGCUGCUGGAGACGUUCCUGGAGUCUGCUCCUCAGCUGGUUCUGCAGCUGUGCAUCAUGAUCCAGGAGAACCGCGCCGAGAAGCUGCAGUGCAUCUCCUCUCUGGCCUCGCUGCUGUCUCUCGCCUGGGUUCUGGCCUCCUACCACAAGCUCCUGCGAGACUCUCGUGACGACCAGCGCAGCAUGAGUUACCGGGGGGCGCUGCUGCACCUCUUCUGGCGCCUCUUCACCAUCUCGUCCCGCGUGCUGGCGCUGGCGCUCUUCGCCUCCCUCUUCCACAUCUACUUUGGCAUCUUCGUGGUGGUCCACUGGUGCGCCAUGGCCUUCUGGGUGGUGCACGGAGGCACCGACUUCUGCAUGUCCAAGUGGGAGGAGGUGCUGUUCAACAUGGUGGUGGGAAUCGUCUACAUCUUCUGCUGGUUUAACGUGAAGGAGGGACGCACACGCUCCAGGAUGGUGGCGUACUACACCGUGGUGUUAGCGGAGAACACCAUCCUCACCGGCCUGUGGUACGCCUACAGAGACCCGGUGUUGACCGACUCCUACGCCGUCCCCGCUCUGUGCGGCGUCUACCUGACGUUUGCCGGCGGCGUCCUGGUCAUGCUGCUGUACUACGGCUUCCUGCACCCGGCCACCGCCCACCUGCAGCCAAGCCCCGCCUCCUCCUGCUGCGCCCAGCUGCUCUGGGGCCUCCCCCUGCCGCCGUCCGUGCCCCCCACCGCCCCGCCCACCCCGGCCCACAUGACUAAGUCGCAGACGGAGGAGGACGUGGCCGAGUCGUGUCUCCCCGUCUUCCAGGUGCGGUCGGUGACGCCCACCUCCAAACCCGAGGGGCCGCUGAUAAAGAUCGACAUGCCCAGGAAGCGUUACCCGGCGUGGGACGCACACUACGUGGACCGGCGCCUGCGGAGGACGAUAAACAUCCUGCAAUACAUCACGCCGGCCGCGGUGGGCAUACGAUACCGCGACGGACCUUUACUGUACGAACUGCUGCAGUACGAGUCGUCACUCUGACACACGCACACACACACACACAGAUGUCAUGGUACAAGCACAUGUGAAACGUCUGUGUACGCCGUGUUCAGAGGGAGGGAUUAAGCACACACACACACACACACACACGCGCAAACAUACCUUACAGGGACCUUUGACCUGUGGGUCUCACGGCCAUGACACGACUCGUCCGACCGCUCUUUCCAAUUAUUUCACCUUUUUCUUUUUUUUGCUGCCCUAAAGAAAGAAAACUGAGUUAGAAUAAAAAUGACAUCAGAUUAAUUCAGAUUAAAGAUGGCGUCGCUUCACUUUACGGUCGAGUUCAAACGUAUUUUUGCAACCUUAUACUUGUUCCACGUCAAAACUAACACUACUGGACAAACAGUUUGCGAGCCCUGGUCCACAUACGUCUUCAUGCUAAUCUGGGCUAAAUGUGUUUACAUUUAACUCCUAGCACAUUUUCCAAAAUGUCCAGCUACAUGAGAGCACAUGCUAAGACCAGUUAGCCACAUUAGCGCUAAAGUGGUGUGAAAAAUGAGAAGCUACUAUCAGCUGUGGGUUUACCUAAUUGUAGUUUAGAGCGAUGUUAGCUCACGUACUUGACAUCUGUUAGCGUGGGUUAGCAUUAGCAUCAAUUUUAAUUUUUAUAAAAGUGCCAAUCUUGCCAAA